AGAUAGGUGAUCACAUGUUAAAUUUUUGAUGACUGCGAAAACUAAUACGUGUCAUAAAGAUACCAUAAAGCCAAAUAUAUGCUGUAAUAUAUGCUAUUUUUCUGACGCAACUCUUAUUUAGAGUACAUAUAGUACAUAUAUGUUUGUGAUAAUUAUUAAAGUAGAAAGAAUUUCAGUUAUCAAAAGCAGAUUAUGUUUGGGUUCAAAGACAUGAAUACUGAUCCUAUUCUGCACUUCUUACUGUAAAACAUUCUAAAAAAGUGCUUUAUGUACUUGUGUGGUUUUACAAUCAGUUACAUCAAUCUAUCUGAAACCUGUAAAGAGUAUUGUGUGUCAGGUGUAGAUCAGUUUUCUGCAGAGCUACUUGACACCCAUGAAAGGCAGCUUUCUGCCCUCGGUGGGUCAGGUGACCAAGCGUUUGGAUACUGCCAUACGCUUAGAUCCAGUCUGCCACCAGUGUGGAAGCACGGGAGUCGAGAUGACGUUCAUCGCCAAGACGUUCUACGACCUGAAGGCCACCACGCUGGAGGGAGACUCGGUGGACUUUAACGUGUUCAGGGGACGGGUGGUGCUCAUAGAGAAUGUGGCCUCACUCUGAGGCACCACCACCCGGGACUACAGCGAGCUCAACCAGCUGCAGAGCAAGUACCCCCAUCGGCUGGUGGUCCUGGGUUUUCCCUGUAACCAGUUUGGAUAUCAGGAGAACUGCUCCAAUGGUGAGAUCCUGAGUUCACUGCAGCAUGUGCGUCCAGGCGGUGGCUUUCAGCCAAACUUCACCAUCUUCGAGAAGUGCGAUGUCAACGGGGCGAAAACACAUCCAGUCUUUGCCUAUCUGAAAGACAAGCUCCCCUACCCCGAUGACGACCCCAACUCCCUCAUGCAGGAUCCCAAAUUUCUGGUUUGGAGUCCUAUCAACAGGACGGAUGUGUCUUGGAACUUUGAGAAAUUCCUCAUCGGGCCAGAGGGAGAGCCCUUUAAAAGAUACAGCAAAAAGUUCCCCACCAUUGACAUCGAGCCUGACAUUCAAAGACUGUUAAGAUUAACCAAGAGCUAAGAAUAGCUUCCACCUCUUAAUGACUUCUCAUCCAUUAAAGUCAAAGCUGAUAUGCUGUCGUCCACACUUUUAAGCCUUAUUAAAUGAGGGUGAUAUUCUGAAAAGCUGAGGGAAUAUUAUCUGAGACCUUAUAAGUGCUUAAGAGUAGUGGAUGAAUAAAUUCAAUAUAUUUUUCAAACUUUGUGGAAAUUUCUUGUUAUGGUAAGAGAACAGGGAUUUUACUCUACAGUUCAGGUUUAAACAAGGAGCAUAAAAACAAAACAUAAAAGUAUAAAAACAAAACAAUAAUCACUUGAAGAGCAAAGUCUUUCCUUCUGCAUGAGCUUUGUUUCUUGUCGUAUGCUGGCCUGGCCAGCAGAUGGUGCUACGGAUUUAAUCAUGUAAACAACUUCUGUCAUGCCUCUGUGAAUUAACAUUCACCACACACGCUCACAAAAUGUUUACACCCGAAUUAAACAUU